UCAACAAUUUAAAAGCAGAUUAUUUUUAUUUAGGAUUAUUAAAUAUAAUAUAAUGGCAGAUAAAUUGUUGUUUGGAUAUUGGGGAAUCAGAGGACUUGGUUAACCAUGUAAUAAUUUAGAAUAAUUUUAGUGAGAUAUUAUUUGGAAUACCUUGGUUUACCAUUUGAAGAAAAAAGAUACUUGAAACCAGAAGAAUGGUUUGGUGAAGUUGCCUAGGCUCCAUUAAAUAAUGAAGUUCUUGUGAAUUUGCCUUAUAUAAAAGAUGGAGACAAAUGGGUUUUCGAAAGUGGUGCUCUAUAUGUAUAUUUGGCACACAAAGCCAAUAGAGCUGAUUUAUUAGGAACAACUCCAGAUGAAUAAGUUACUCUUGCUUAGACAAAAGGAGUAAUUUAAGAUAUACUUAAAGUGUUCUUUACAUUAAUUACAUUCACAGAAGAAUAGUAUGCUGCAUAAAAAGAAGAAUUUUUCAAAACAGAAAUUCUUUGGCUUAUAGAAAAGUUGAAUGCCUUUUUAGGAGGUAAAACAUGGGCUGCAGGAAACAAUUUAACUUAUGUUGAUUUCUUACUUUUUGAAAUAGAAGAAACGUUAAAAGCCUUCAACUUAGAUGUCUUUAAUUCAUAAGCAAAUAUUAAGAAACAUCAUGAUGAAUUUUCUAAUCUCCCUUAGAUUAAGGCUUAUUUGGCAUCAGAUAGAUUCAUUGCAGGACCAUUCUAUCCACCUGGCAGAUUCAGAUGGGGUUGAUUAAUAAAAUAUAAUAACAAAAAUAUUAAAGUCAUUCAUAUUUUUU